AUGGCCGACUGGAGUACUGUCGAUCUAGAUGACAUAGCUACUAACGGAUACCAUAACAGUAGAAAAGGUUCCACCCAGAGCAAUGGGUUUACAGACAACAAGGAAAACAGAAGACACAGCUCUGGGAAUACACAGAGGUCGGCGGAUGUGGUUAGUAGGCAGGAUCUUGUACUGGCGAGAGGCGGGGAGUUGAGUGGGGAAAGCAGAACCGAACUGUCUCCAACUGUUGCAAAGAACCAAAU